AUGUGGGAACGCUGCGUUGAGUGUAGCAAAAUAUGUGUCCAUUAUCUAAGCCGGAACGCCAUCCUGCUGAAAGAUAAGCGACGGAAACGACGUCCAGCUCAUCAAUUCAGGCAACAUGACCUACUGGAAUUUCUUGGUCAACAAGUCCGCAUUAACUCCACGCGCACCGUCUUCAUUGCUUCAGAACAUUGGGACAACGACACCGUGGACGCCAACGGAUGUCCAGAAUGUGACUUUCAACGGAUGAAGUACGUGUUCUUGAAAGAAAUCGGGGUUGUUAUGUUGAAAAAAUAAUGAGCACUCUGUCGCACCUAAAAAUGGAUUGUGCGGCGGCAAAGUCAAAUUGAUUCUUACUUCAGCGACACCACCGGCGCUGCGACGUUGUGCUCCCUGCUCACAAUGCCGAGAUCAGAUUAA